AUGAGAACAGCCCCCACAGCAGCGUUAGAAGUUAUCACAGAUCUACCACCACUCCAUCUCCUACUAAAGAAAGAAGCCAUGGUCAACGGCUACAGGCUCAUCGCAGAAGAUAACUCUAAUUCCAAGAUAAUCCACUCUGAUAUUCUCACUGAAUUAAAUAGGGAAGAAUUACUUAAAAUAUGUCUAGUAGACAAUUGUCUCCCAAGAUAUAACUUCACCCAAAACUAUAAGGUCACAUUCCCCUCACGACAUGAAUGGGAACAGAACAGACCCAUCUUCAAUAGCGAGUCUCAUGUAUGGUACACAGAUGGCUCCAAAACAAAUGAAGGUGUUGGGGCCGGAGUAUUCGGAAUGAACACCAAAACUUAUCUGCACCAAAGCAUGGACAGCUUCAAUUCCGUAUUCCAAGCAGAGAUAUUCGCAAUUGAACUCUGCCUCAGAGAAAACUUAAACAGAGCUGUAAUAAACAAAAGAAUUUAUAUUCUCUCUGACAGCAAGGCCGCACUCCUAGCUCUUAGGAGCAAUGAAGUCACCUCAAAGCUGGUAUGGGACUGUAUACAACUUCUACACCAGCUUGCCAGUACAAACAGAGUUCAACUCAUUUGGAUACCUGGUCACAGCGGUCACGUUGGGAAUGAAAUAGCAGACACACUAGCCAGAAAAGGUUCCGCAUCUCCUUUCAUGAUGCCAAGACCAUUCUGUGGCAUACCAACAAGUACUGCAAAACAUUACAUAAAUAAAUGGCUAAGAGAUAUGGCUAAUCAUUACUGGACGCAUACGGAAGAACACUUUUCAUCCAAAAACUCAUCGCUAUCUCCAUCGUCGUCGUCGUCGUCAUCGUUAUCGUCAAUUUAA